CAUCAUGAGCACCGACGAAACGUCAACCGUAGUGGUAAAAACAAAGCCAGUAAAAAAGCUCAAGCCUGCGCGCAAGCAAGUAAAAGCGGGAGAUGUAGAAAGAAAGGAGACGCCUCAGACGGGGAAAGAAUAUAAUAUCUGGUACAACAAGUGGGCUGGAGGCGACCGGGAAGAUAACUACUCCAACAAAGUAAAAUCGCAAACUCGGUGCAAUAUCAAGAAGGACUCAGGCCUGACUCGAGCGAACACGACUGGUAUUCGCUAUUGUUGUCUGUUCUAUGCGCGUGGGUGCUGUCCGUAUGGGUGGGAGUGCGACUACCUUCACACUCUUCCUGACCCUGAUAACGCAUUACCUGAUUCGAGUAAAGAUUGUUUCGCUCGAGACAAAUUCUCGGAUUACAGAGAUGACAUGGGUGGUGUCGGUAGUUUCAACCGACAAAAUCGAACACUAUACGUCGGUCGAAUCAAGGAGACCGGCCCAGGCCCAGAGACAGAAGAAAUUGUCAUCAGGCAUUUCAAAGAAUGGGGUGAAAUUGAACGCAUCCGCGUGCUACAGUAUCGUAGCGUUGCGUUCGUAACUUAUGUCUCGGAGUUCGGUGCGCAGUUUGCCAAAGAGGCCAUGGCGUGUCAAUCCCUUGACAAUGAUGAAAUCUUGAACGUUCGAUGGGCCACCGAGGAUCCCAAUCCGGUACAGAAGGUGGCUGAAAAGCGGCGAUUGGAGGAGAUCGGGCAGGAAGCUAUCAAGGCGCGGAUGGACCCUCGUAUUGUUGAUGCCAUGCGGGCUGUCCGUGCAUUAGAGGAUGGGGAUAUGCUGGAUGACGAAGGAGAAGUGGUAGAAGACCCGGAAUCUGGCGACCCAGAAGCAAAGCGGCGGCGAAUUGAGCUACCACCGCCACAAGAAGCGGCAUCAGAGCCACAACCUCAGCCCCUUGGUCUGCUGUCAGCCGACACAAUGGAAGGUCUCAAAUACUUUGCCGAAAUAAGGAAGCGGAACGGCGUCUCGCUAUCUGUUGUACAUCCAAAGACAAUACCUCCGAAACCAUUGACUUCAGGGCUGGGAGUGGCGGACUACGGGAGUGACGAAGAUUGAGCCCUUAAUCUGGUUAUUUCCACAAGCUAGAACCGCCUCCUGCUGCCAGCCGAUAACCUUCGAACGUGAUGAGCGCUCCGACUACCCAUGACGACUCGUUUCGGCAUAACUUCGUAACUACUAUCAUUGGAAAAAGCGCCUUCCUUUGCUCCAUUAGCUGGCACUCUAGAAAAUGUAAAAACGUUGCGCAAACAUAAUGAAAGCCCAUAUACUAUCGACCUCCAUUCCGAUUAUUUGUCACGAUUGGUACAUAGACUAGUUAUUUCGAUCGUUGCCGAUCAUUUGAGAUGAACUCAUU